UCUCUCUUUGCUUUUGCUGGCACACUAGAAACCCUAGUUUUCUCCUCUCUCUCGAAACGACGCCGUUUUCGAAGUGCCUCUCCAGCCCUUGAAAUCCACCAUUUCUAAAGGCAAGUACCAGUGAUUCAGAUCCGGCGCCCAUCUCUAUGUUUUUCCGUCUCUGUUUGGCUCCCGAGAAAACGGAGGAAACUGGUUUCUUUGUUGUGCUUUGUUUUUCUCGUGUUCCGACCUGAGAAUUUCGAUUUGUUUUCCUUUCCUGCGGUUUCUCGGCGACCGAACGGAGGUUUAAUGGAAUGUGCGGUUUGUUCUCCUCUUGUAGCAAUAAUAAUUAUAAUAAUAAUAACAAUUAUUCCUAAAUAUCACAAUGAAUUAAAUCAAAAGGUGCAACCAAUGAGAUUGAACUGUGGGAAAAUGGUAAACUGGUUUGUUUGGCUAGUGGACAAAUGUCACAAACAUGCUGAGAAGUAAAAAUUACUUCUGGAUGAUGGAUGCCCCAGCUGUUGAUGCCAAAUUUUUGAGGUACAACUGACACUGAGCUAGGUGUGGAUUCUGGUUGGGUGUAAGAUAGUACAACCCGUUAUGUUGCUUGUCCAGACCAAUCAUCUUCUUCGUAAACACCACAUGAAAAUCAGGCACCCCAUCAAGAAUCAAGUUAUGUGACAACUUAAUAGACCCAGUGGAUUUAAUUUCUGCUUCACCGCCAUCAGGUAAUAACAACGAUCAAUGAGGUGGUGGUUUCGAUCACAAUAGCUACAAGUUGCUUUCUUGGAGUCUCAUUUUCUUGUGUUGUGGAAGGCCAACUUGUUUGAGCAACUUGUGUCAUCAUACCAGAUUACAGUACGAUUUGUUUCCCUUUGAUACAUAUUUUCAUAUUUCAUGAAAAUUUUGUAGAAAAUAUUUUUAGGCCUAAACUCCAAAAUUUAUGACAGCAAUAAAUCCUCUUUACCGCCAUUUCCCAGCUGUGAAACAGUUACAAACCCUGGUUUUAUCAAUCCAAAAACCCAAAUUCACCCAACAGAAUGUUGUUCUUACUGAAAACUUGUGUGGUCAAAUACUGGACAAGAACCCAGACAUCAAAUAUUUGAAAAAACUCCACUCCAAGAUUUGCAUUGAUCAUGAUCUUCACUCAAACCCAUCACUUGGCAUCAAAUUGAUGAGAGCUUAUGCUGUUUGUGGAGAACCCUGGUCCACUCGCCACAUAUUCGAUGAAAUUCCUAAGAAGAAUGUUGUUUUCUUUAAUGUUAUGAUAAGAAGUUAUGUGAACAACCAUUUGUACAGUGAUGCUCUUCUUGUUUUCAAGAACAUGGCCGGCCAUGGGAUUGAUCCUGACCAUUAUACGUACCCUUGUGUCUUAAAAGCCUCUUCUGGGUCAGAGGAUUUGUGGGUUGGUAUGCAAAUUCAUGCUGCGGUUGUGAGAGUUGGGCUUGACUUGAAUGUGUUUGUAGGGAAUGGGUUAAUUUCCAUGUAUGGGAAAUGUGGUUGUUUGGUGGAGGCUUGUAGAGUUCUUGAUCAAAUGCCUUGUAGAGAUGUUGUUUCAUGGAAUUCAUUGGUUGCCGGUUGUGCACGGAAUGGGCAAUUUGAUGAUGCCUUAGAGGUUUGCAAAGAAAUGGAGUUGUUGGGUUUGAAACCAGAUGCUGGUACAAUGGCUAGCCUCUUGCCUGCUGUGACUAAUACAUGUCUUGACAAUGUUUCAUUUGUUAAGGAAAUGUUCAUGAAGUUGGCAAAUAAGAGUUUGGUUUCUUGGAAUGUGAUGAUUGCAGUUUACAUGAAUAAUUCUAUGCCUGCUGAAGCGGUUGAUAUAUUUUUACAGAUGGAAGAUCAUGCGGUGGACCCUGAUGCAAUCAGUAUUGCUAGUGUGCUUCCUGCUUGCGGGGAUCUGUCAGCUCUAUUGCUUGGAAGGAGGAUUCAUGAAUACGUUGUUAGGAAGAGGCUUCAGCCAAAUUUGCUAUUGGAGAAUGCCUUGAUUGAUAUGUAUGCCAAGUGUGGAUGUUUAGAGUAUGCAAGGGAAGUGUUUGAUCAAAUGAAGUUUCGUGAUGUUGUGUCAUGGACUUCAAUGAUCUCAGCUUAUGGUAUGAAUGGGAAGGGCCGUGAUGCUGUGUCUCUCUUCUCAAGGAUGCAAGACUUGGGUCUGAAUCCCGACUCCAUUGCCUUUGUUUCAGUUCUCUCAGCUUGCAGCCAUGCAGGAUUAUUGGAUGAGGGCAGAUACUACUUUAAAUUAAUGACUGAGGAGUGUAAGAUAGUUCCACGGAUAGAACACUUUGUUUGCAUGGUAGAUCUGUUAGGACGUGCAGGGCAAGUAGAUGAGGCUUAUGGUUUCAUCAAACAGAUGCCAAUGGAACCCAAUGAAAGAGUUUGGGGGGCUUUGUUGAGUGCUUGUAGGGUGUAUUCUAACAUGAUAAUCGGGCUUCUUGCUGCUGAUCAACUUUUCCAAUUAUGUCCUGAGCAGUCAGGCUAUUAUGUCUUGUUAUCCAAUAUUUAUGCAAAGGCAGGUAGAUGGGAGGAUGUAACAACAGUCAGAUCAAUCAUGAAGACUAAAGGAAUCAAGAAAAUGCCUGGUGUUAGCAACUUCGAGCUUGACAAUCGGGUUCACACCUUUCUUGCUGGUGACCAAUCACAUCCACAGUCCAAGCAGAUCUAUGAAGAGCUAGAUGUAUCAGUAGGGAAGAUGAAAGAAGCAGGCUAUGUCCCUGAAACAGAUUCUGCUCUUCAUGAUGUCGAAGAGGAGGAUAAAGAAUGCCACUUAGCAGUUCAUAGUGAGAAGUUGGCUAUUGCCUUUGCUAUUCUAAAUACUGCCCCUGGAUCACCUAUUAGGAUUACUAAGAAUCUUCGUGUUUGUGGGGAUUGCCAUAUUGCUGCCAAGCUUAUUUCCAAGAUUGUUGGGCGUGAAAUCACUAUCAGGGAUACUAAUCGUUUUCACCAUUUCUACAAUGGUGUUUGUUCAUGUGGUGAUUAUUGGUGAGCCAAGCCUUCAGGGAGUACUCCUCAGGUGCAGGAAAUAGUCUAUCCACCGGUUAUAUUGAAAGUUUGAAAUGGAAACAUCACAGAAUCAGAAUGCUGAGGUAAAACUAGAUGAUCCUUAUGGUGAUAAAGCUGUUGAACUAAUUAAACUUCUAGUAAAGGAGCCUAAGGAUUUGGCAGCAAAGCACAAAAAUCUUGAUGCACCCUGUGAAGCAUCUGACCCUAGAUCAACCAGAUUGACUUCAGAAAAUAUAGUUAGAGAGUAUCCUUAUCUCCUUUUCAUAUCCACAUAGUACACUAUUGCUUUAUCAUUCUAAUAAGCUGGAGUCAAUGUUUUGCCUCCCAUUGCUGUAAAAUUUUCCUUAGUAAGCUCUAGAAAUCAGUAGCAGAUUUUGUUUAGAAGGAGAUGCUUUGCUCAGGGGUUUCACUGAGUAUUGAAGAAUCUACAAAACAAAAGUUUGUGAAGCAAAUUUGCUUGCUGUUAGAGACUAUCCAGUGCCAUUUGCAGGGAGGCUUUUUUGGUGAUUGGAGCCUUGAUAAUUAUGUGGGAAAGAUCAUAAAAAGCAGGUAUUCUCACACUCUUGGAGAUAUAGUCCAUAAAAUCUAUACUCGAAUGGACUUGUUGCUGUUUGGUGAUGAGGAUGAAUCCCCCAAUCCCCUACUCAACAGUGAGGACAGCAACCAAUCCUGGAGAGAGACCAGAUAGAGAUGAGAUGGAUGACAGUGAAAGAGCUAAUGAACACAUCUCUGCAGAAAAUGGCAGCCCUAAAGAUAUAAGGGAGAGGAGCAUGGCCACGGGUUGAUUGAAACUCAUUAGAGGAGAGGAAGGGCUCGGAGAUUGCAUCUUUCACAAACUGGGUUCCAGAUUUGCAGAGAGUUUGGGCCCCCAAGCAACCAAAUGCAAUGAAACCUAAGUCAAGACUCCUAAAAAAAGCAAUCAGAAAGGAAGGACCAUCGCCCCAAAGAAACGGUCACCCCCAAGAAGUGUGAUGAUGCCGACCCCCAAGAUCAUGGGACUCAAUCCAGCUCAGUCUCAAGGACUUACUUUCUGGUGACUUGAUCAUUGCUUGAGGCAACCCCAUUAAUACCCGCUUGCACAUAGUUGUUCAUGAAGAUGAUACAUAUAUAGGCUUUAUAAGUUAUAACAACUAGCUUUCAGGUACAUGCUUCCAUGGAAGUUAACCUGGAUUAGAAAUUUGUACACCCUCUGUCACUCAUCUGAUGUAGCAAUUGUCUGUAAAAUGAUUUUAAUGUUCUACUUUUCUUUCACUUGCUAACAUGAAAAACUGUUAGAAUGCUAGUAACUAACAGGUUUAUGAUUAAUUUAUAUCAUGUGAUAUUUGACCUGA